AUGGCCAGCUCGUCAGCCUACGGUGAGAGACCGCCUCUCCAAGGCUAUAGACGCUCGUUCACUGCGCCGCACCGACAAUUGUCCUACCACGAACGAGCAGCACUCGACAAGUCGGACGCCGACUCAGGCGUCGUGUAUGAGCACCCGCAUGUCCGAAUCAUCAGCUUCGCCCCGCCGAACGAGUCCAUUGUCUCGAGGAACAGCGAAACACAUGCCGAUGCCGACUAUCCCAUCGACACCAUAGAAACGCUGCCAUGGCGAUCACGGACGGAAGAUCUGACAGCCACCGGGCCCAUGCGAAUCGAGAAAGUGCAAGGCUCUGUCAAUUUUCUGAAGUGUGGACACAAUUUCGUGCACUCGAUACUACGGAAUUCACAGUGUUGGUGUGUUGACGGAGAGUCCAAGUUUGUCCUUCGGAAACGCAAGUUGGAGUAUUAUCGGAUUGAGCUGCCAAAGGAGACGACGGAGGAGAGGGCGAAGGUGGAAGAACUCAAGACUGUACUAGCGACAGUGCUCAAAUAUGAGAAGACACCGUGUCCGUUCAAGCGAGCAUUCCAGGUUGAGCUACCAGAUGAUGCCAUCACACCGCGGCGGAAAGGCAAGUGGAAGGCAAGAGACAGCAGCUUACUCUCGUCGCCCGAUCUAAACACACCCUCGGUGCGGAAGUGGAAGAGCUCGCGCCCGUCCAUGCCAUACACGCCACCCAGCGCGUUCCCGGACUCGUUCAACAAGCGCCGUACGUCGGAAUUUGUGCCUGACAGCCCCAUCACGCCAAUGUCUGCUCCAGUACAGCGCCGAAGCUCGGUCGCGGAGCGUCGAGCAGCCUUUGAGCAUAUGCAGUCAUCGUCGCGACCUUCCUCACGACCGCCUUCUCGACCACAGACGCCUACGAGUACGUCGUCUGGUCACAGCUUCGAAGAUGAUGGCAGUUCAGACCGCGAUCGUAGCAUUGAGGAGACCGAUUCCGUCCUUGAAUCUGCUGAUCUCGAAGACGACGGAAGCCAUCCAUUGAAUGGCAAUGCACGAGUUCCGAGUCCUCUCAUUAACGAGACAAGUUUGCACACGGACAAUGAGGCCGAGCCUGAGAGGGAAGUAGAGAUAGAGCCUACGAACACCAGUGAAGAAACCGACGAGGUGUUUCUGCCAGAAUAUCAUGAAGAAGUUGCGCCCGGUGAGGGUUCGGCAAUGGUAGCGGAUUCGCAAGGCCCCAUUUUGGACAUGGCGGAGGACGAAGGCAUAACAGAUGUCAACGAGCCUUUGCCAGAUCAGGAACAUAUCAUUGACGCUCCGAACAAGGACGUACAGGAGGAGACGACCCAGCAAGAACCUGCAGCAUUCGAAGAGGAAGCAGAACCAGUCCCUUCAAACAACACAGAUACUGAAGCACCGACCACGGAGGCCGAAGCCUCAGUACUUGACGAGACAGCAAGCAUUGCAUCGACAGCAGAUUCGUUUCACAGCACGGAUGAUAUACCAGACCAUAUACCAGAUGUCGAUCCAACACCACUUGCACGCGAUCACGAUCCAUUUGCUUCCAAACAAUACUCCCACAAACGAGACAUCUCCGAACUCACAGUCACGGCCUCCACAUUCAGUGAACAAGCAGACAGCGACCCACCGAUUACACCUCGUCUAAUCCAAUCCUCUAUGUCCGAUCAGUCAUGGCCAGACAUCCAAACGCCUUCCUCUUAUCUUCAAGACGGCCUACGCCAGCGCCAGAAAGGCGCUCGAUCACUCUCACCUAUGCCGUCGUCCCACAUCCUCGCGCCCUCCUCGUCCGACCAACGGCAGCCAUCACCCGCCCGCUUCUCGGCCACAGUGAUCCAAAAAGCCGCCACCAUAGCCGUGACCAAACCCCUCGAAGUCGUCGUCCUGGUCGUCCAGAUCCUCGCGCGCAUAGCCGGCGGAGCCACCUUAAAUGACCUGCUCAAUGGUGGACUAUUCCAGCAGCCACCACAAAGGACGACUCGUCAGCACAAUCGUAACCCGAGUUUUCCAGAUCGAGUUGUUGCACAGUCUGACGAUGAGGAGGAAGACGAUUUCGGCGUGCCGAUUCGCAUCCGGACGCGGAGUUGGGAGCAGAGAGGGGUGCCGCAGGGUGGUUUUGUGCCGGUCAAGGAGGAGAGGGAGAGGGAUGAGGAUGUUGAUUCUUUGUUUGCGGAUGAUCUAGAUUGA